GGCGGGCGCCUUUCGCAGCUCGACCGGCGCGGGCACUUCAGUAGGGCGCCGGCAACAGGCAAUAUCAAUUUACCAGAAGCUGUGGCGCGCCAAUUUAGCUCGCAUUAGAGACACACGUGUGUGCGCUUGCUGAUAAGCGGCGGACAAGGGGGGCCGGAAGCGGAGGCUAGCUUAACAUCUAGCCGAUUUUGCUCGCAAAUCCACAAUUAUAACGCGUGAUGAUACCCACGCUUAAAAUGAUAAACGAGUCGGCAGCGUCGACCAACGCGACCGGCAACGAGACCGACAGUGACGACUACGAGUACGACUGGGAAGAGUCGAGCAACAUCUUCUUCUGGGACGAGUUGGUGCCCACCCUGGUCGUCUACGGGCUCACCCUGGUGCUCGGCGUCGUGGGCAAUUCGCUCAUCGUCUUCACCAUUCUCAGGUACAAGCGCAUGAAGAGUGCCACCAACGUUUUCCUCGCGUCGCUCGCCUCCGCCGACCUGCUCCUCAUUAUCGUCUGCAUUCCAGUCAAGGUUGCUAAGCUGUUUUCCUACACUUGGACGAUGGGCGAAUUCCUAUGCAAAUCGGUGCACUACAUCCAGAACGUGUCUGCCAUCUCGUCCGUCCUCACCCUCACGGCCAUGAGCACCGAGAGAUACUACGCGAUCGUUCAUCCUAUGCGGGCUAAGUACACUUGCACCAUUCGGCAAGCGACCAAAAUCAUUUUGGGCACAUGGGUGGCCUCUUUUCUGCUCAGCAUCCCGAUUCUCUUUGUUCAGGUGUUGCUGCCUGUGGGUGGCCGGGUGAAGGCGUACUGGUGCGUGCGGAACUGGGACGACGUCACCCUGUGGCAGGCCUACGAAGUGUACAUGCUGCUGCUGCUGCUCGUGGUGCCGACCAUCAUCAUGGGGGCCACCUACUCGUCCAUCAGCUGCGAAGUGUGGCGCGUGAUGAAGCGACGACAAACCAUGACCACCGGACAGGGCUUGCAAUCGAUGGAGCAACUGCGUCGGGCACCGCGGACCAUGGCCAUGCGACACUCGUCCCGCUGCAGCACGACCAGCACAGUCAGGAAUAGACUGGCCGAGGACGACAACCGCACCGUCAAACAGGUGGUGAAAAUGCUGAUCGCGGUGGUUGCCCUAUUUGUGGUGUGCUGGGCCCCUGUGCUGAUUGACAACGUACUCACCGCGUACGGAGUGCUUCCAUUUAUUCGCACGGCCAACCUCAAGCACAUGGCCACAGCAUUCCACCUCAUGGCAUACUUCAACAGCUGCAUCAACCCAAUCGUGUACGGAUUCAUGUCACGCAACUUCCGCGAGAGUUUCCACAAGGCGCUGGCCAGGUGCUGCCUGCGCCGAAAGGUCCGCCUGCCGCCCCGAGGUACUGUCAGUAGUUUUAAUGGAAAAAGACAUAUGUCCGUGUCGGUAAAUUCUCGCACCACUUCUGUCCGCUAUGCCGAUACCAGUUUUUGCAGAAGCGCCUCGAUGAACAGGCCGUACUGACGGGGUCGGCUUACGGUCGGGGCAAACGCAGCCACGGCCUGCGGCGAGCGACUCGACAAAAUCAGUGAGUUGGCUGACUCGGUCUCUGACCAGGUCAUCCAGCAGACCGAGCAAUUCAACGGACUGCACGAGCGGCAGGACCCAAUCCAAGAGAGCACCAUUUAAGAGAGUUCUCAGCGAAGGCAUAGCCCGCCAGGCAGCCCAUUGCCCGCAAACUAAUGUGCUUCUCAUGACGGCGGCAAGACUUGCUAGUGUCAUCGCGCCGCCCCAGCCCCCAGCAGGCAGUAGUGAGGAGCGACAAAACUCGCCAUUGCAGGAACAAUUAAUAUCAGUAGCGCAUGUAUUGCCGACUUCGCAGUCAAAAUUAAGGAAAAUUGUGCUCCCCGUGCCAAGGAAAUGCGUCGCACAGACAAGUGUUUGCACUUAUGCUCAAAAGGGAUGAGAACAAUAUCAUAAAUUUAACGAAAUGUUUCAUGUGUGGCUGAAGCAUUCCACUCUUCUUGCAAGAUGUUUUAUCCAGACUCUUUUAAUUUAGUUUAUUCCUAUAUUUUGUUGUUCUGAUUGGAAGAAUGCAAGUUCAGUGUUUUGGUGGUUAUAAUAGUUAUAUGUAGCAAAGCAUGUCUUGUGCGAAAAUUGAAACUGAUGGAUUUCUUCACUCUGUAAAUGUUUACUUAUCUGUGAUGUUGUGGAAUAUUUAAAUGAUCUAUACGUCAAUAAAUUGAGAACGUUAAUUGAGUUGAUUGACUUUUCCACUUUCAUUCCUCUAAGUUGUUCGAGUAGCUGCAUCAAAACAAUGGAGUUUUUAAAUACUUAAUAGGUUUGGAUAAAUUACCUUUAUUUGCUUUAGUGAUUAUGUUUAAUUUAAAAGAAAUUGCGGUAGUUCAAAGUAAAUUUGUGCAAAUAUUUUUAUGAUUUCUAAGUCAUUUAGCAGACGACUUUAUGAGAAUUUGGCUCAACGUGAAUUGUUCUAGUCUCUGAAAUAGCAACGGUCGUUUUUCUGCUUAUCUAUAGACGCUCACCGUCUGCGAAAAAAUACCAAACUUUCACAUUGGUAAACUGCAGUGAUUUUCAUUUGAAUUAUCAAGCAAUUUCCUAAUUUCGUGUUUGUAUACUCGAGCGAUUUUAGGUGGUGUAUUGCAAAAGAAACAAUUUGAGUUUUUAAGAAAAGAAUCUAAUAAAUUCUCUCUUACACAUGGAUUUUUCUCAAAAAAUGCCAUCACAUACCUCAUACACAACAAUGGAAUGAAAUUACUCAUUUUCAAGAAAAAAGGUGUUAACAAAUUGUGCAGUUUCGUUUUCUCUCAACAUCAGGAUUACGUUCACAUUCAUUACAAAAUACAGUUGUGUGUCAGUUUCCUUUUGCAAAUAAAUAAACAAUAAAUUUAUAAACUCCAAAACUAUUAGUCUGAUUUAGAAGCUCACACAUUC